AUGAAGGUCGAGGUUAUCACCCUUCUUGGAGCCGCCGCUUCGGUGCAGGCCUUCCCCUGGAUGGCCGCGCAGAUGCGCGAGGAGGAGCGCGGCUUCCUCGGCGACAUGUUCCAGAACAUUGGCCAAGGUCUUGGUCUCGACAACCUCCAGUCCGACUUCACCAAGAUGCUCGGUGGCAGCAACGGCAAGGGCAUCGUCUCCCAGUUUACCACCAUGGCCAACACCCUCAACAACAUCCAGCCCGGCAAGAUGAACAACCUCUUCUCCGAAAUCCGUAACGGUAUGGCUGAGGUUGGUAACGUCUCUGUUCCCCAGGGCGGUGCCAUCUUCAACAAGGACUGGAGCUCCCUCACCGAGGAGGACAUCCAGUACACCUUCAACCUUGACCGUAACAACAACGACUGCGGCUGCGAUGAGCCCGAGCGUCUCGGUUACGGUAUCUGGGGUAUCGGUGAGGACGAGGCCCACCCCUGGCAGGCCCCCGGCCCCAACGACCAGCGUGGCCCCUGCCCCGGUCUCAACACCCUCGCCAACCACGGCUACAUCCCCCGUGAUGGUCUCAUCAACCCCGUCCAGCUCUUCGUCGGUACCUGGCGCGGUCUUUCCAUCUCCCCUGACGUCGGUGCCAUUCUCACCGUCCUCUCGUGGCCUUUCAUGGGUGACCUUACCACCAUGAAGCUCUCCAUCGGCACCAAGGUCGGCCUCGGUGACGGUCUUGCUCACCACGGUAUCCUUGAGGGCGACGCUUCCGUCACUCGUGACGACGCCUGGCAGGGUAACCAGUGGUCGCUCUCGCAGGACCGCUGGAACCAGUUCAAGCAGGAGAUCAUCACCCACGGCAACGGGCACGUCACCCUCAAGGCUCUUGCCGAGGCCCGUUACCGCGCCUGGAAGUGGUCUUACGACAACAACCCCCAGUUCGACUUCAACCCCUGGCGUAUGCUUGUCGCCUACGGUGAGUCUGGUUUCGUUUACCAGGCCCUCCGUGGUGACGCCCGCGAGUACACUGUCGACAUGGUCGAGUCUUGGUUCGUUCACGAGCGCUUCCCCAAGGGCUGGGGCCGUCGCACUGUCCCCGUCAGCGUUCCCGAGCUUCUCGCCUGGGCUGCCGUCAUCGAGGUGAUCAAGCCCGCUGUUCCCGGAUGGCGCCUCUUCGGCAUGUGGAUCGGUCUCCCCAACUUCCACACCCUCUCCACCUUCUUCAAGGGUGUCCCCGGUGCCACCGGCGGCUCCACCCUCAAGGACACUGGAUGCAACGUCGCCAACGGUGUCCUCACCUGGGUUCCCUCCACCUUCUCCAACCUCAUUGGUGGCCUCAACCUCGGCCAGCUCAACGGCAUGUCCUGUUAA